UCAUUGAACUAAACAAAUCUUCUUGUAUGUAUGGAACAAUCUAGCUACUUUUUGCUUGAUUCAUCCAUGUUCUUGUUGGGCUUUGGCUCUCUUCUCAUUAAAAGCAGAGAAUGCUUUGAGGACAAAACCAACCAUUUCAUUACAGUUUAAAAAGCUGCUGACCAGUAAUGGCUCUUCUUCCUCUCCUUUUUUCUUCUCUUCUUGUUGUUUCCUGGGCAGAAAUCUCGAGCAAGAUUGGAAUAAACUAUGGUCGAAAAGGGGACAAUUUGCCAUCUCCAUAUCAAUCCAUUGAGAUCAUAAAAUCCAUGAAUGCUGGCCGUAUAAAGCUCUAUGAUUCGGACCCUGAAAUAUUGAAACUCCUCUCAGGCACCAAGAUCCAAGUGGCGAUUAUGGUUCCUAACGAUGAUAUAAUCCGAGUUGCUUCAAGCCAAACAGCAGCAGAACAAUGGGUUCAAAACAAUGUCCUGGCUUACUACCCGGAUACCAUGAUCCGAUUCGUUUUAGUUGGCAAUGAAGUCCUCAGCUACAAUUCGGAUCCAGAUCAGACAAUUUGGCAUAACCUUGUGCCUGCAAUGCGUAGAAUUAAGAAUUCUCUGAGUGCUCAUGAUAUUAAAAAUAUCAAGAUCAGUACCCCUCUAGCAAUGGACGUGCUGCAAUCGACUUUCCCACCAUCAAGUGGUAUGUUCCGUUCUGACAUAUCGGAUACUUUGAUGGCACCAUUGCUGAAAUUCUUGAAAGGGAGCAAAUCGUUUUUUUUCCUUGAUGUUUAUCCAUAUUUUCCGUGGUCAGCUAAUCCAAUGAACAUCAGCUUAGAUUUUGCUCUUUUUGGAGAAACUGUAAACCAAACUGACCUUGGUAGUGGCUUAGUUUACACAAAUCUCCUAGACCAAAUGCUUGACUCCGUCAUUUUCGCCAUGGAAAAGCUUGGGUACACAAAUAUCCGACUAGCGAUAGCUGAAACAGGCUGGCCUACUGCUGGGGAUAUUGAUCAAGUGGGGGCAAAUAUCUACAAUGCAGCCACUUAUAACCGAAAUCUCAUUCGAAAAAUGACUGCCAAACCAGCAUUAGGCACCCCAGCUAGACCUGGUCUAAUCAUACCAACAUUUAUUUUCUCCCUAUAUGAAGAAAACCGAAAGACAGGACCAGGAACAGAAAGGCAUUGGGGCUUGCUGCAUGCAAAUGGAACACCUAUUUAUGACAUCGAUCUAACUGGGAAGCGCCCUGUCUCUGAUUACAAGCCACUGCCUCCAGCUGAAAAUAAUGUGCCUUAUAAGGGGAAAGUUUGGUGUGAGGUGGCUCCAGGGGUCAAUCUGAUGAACUUGUCAUCUGCAUUGGCCUAUGCUUGUAGCCUGGAUAAUCAGACUUGUGAAGCAUUGAAUCCAGGAAAAGAGUGUUAUGAGCCAAUAUCAAUAUUUUGGCAUGCUAGUUAUGCAUUUAGCUCAUACUGGGCAAGGUUUCGAAGCCGGGGGGCAACUUGCUACUUCAAUGGAUUAGCUAGACAGACCAUAGUGAACCCAAGUCGUGGACACUGCAAUUUCCCGAGUGUGAUUCUGUGAAGAUGGUUUAAGCAUAAGCUUCUGUCAAGGAAUUCAGAGCUGGUGAAGUGAAUUAAUAUCAGGGAGCUGAUCUUAUGUUUCUAUUGUUUACUCAUGUUUUUGUCAGGGAAUAACUGACAUCUAAUGGGAAGAAAGGAGUUCCUUGUUUACUAUCAAAAUUAAGGAGUGAAAACAUAUAAAAUCCUUGCUACCUUAUUCUCAUUUCAACUUAUAGCUGAAUUUUAAUCUUCCCCUACUUUGUUUCCUGAUUGAUACUAAUCCCAACAAUGGCUACUGAUCCAAG